CUUUGGUCAUGGUUUAAGCAGCUAGAGCGCAAUCAGACUGAACGCAAGCGCCAGUUGACAGCUCGUCUGGCAUUAUUAAUGUUUAAAGAAGAUGUUGGCCAGGUUCUUGCCUGGCUAAACCAGCAUGGUGAACCUUUUCUUCGCCGCCAGACGGCAGUAGGAAGAUCGAGUCAGCGCGCUGAACAGCUAUACAAUGCACAUAUGCAAUUUGAACAGGUGGCUGCUAAUACAUUGACAAACGCCGAUAAAUUGAUAUCUGCUGCUGACGAAUUGGCCGCUCAAGCUGAUGACCCAGAAGAAAUCUUGCAGGUAACGCUUGGUUAUACCUUAUUUAACAAUAUGUAUGUGCUUUUGUAA